AUGAAAAAAUUCAUUUCAUCUAUAAUACUGGUAGUUGCUGUUAUAUACUUUACAAGUGGAUAAUUUACUAUGCUAUACAAUGCAAACGUAAAUGUCUCAUUUGAGUAGUAAAUGUAGCUAUUAUCUAAAUAAUUACAUGAAUAUAGGUAUAAAGAAUCAUAGCCUUUUAAGUUCUUCCCAUUUCAGUAUCGCUAAGAUAAAGGUCUUUAUUCUUCAUAUGUGCAAUUAAAUGUAAUGGACGAAAAUAACUCUUACAUAAACCAUCUUUUAAGAACUAAAGUAAAAAUUGAUGAUAAUAGCUUCUUUGUGACUAGUCUUGUUUUGCUCAAUUUGAUAGAAUGCAAUAACCUAGGUACUUAUGAAUUCAACUAAGAUGAACUUGAAGAAAGUAUUGAUGCCUUACUUGAAUUUAAAGAUAAAAAUGCUGAAGAAGGUUUACCUCAAAUAGGAUUUUACUAGUAAGCAUAAAAGAAUGGCAGAUGGUCAUAACUUCCUACUAAUUUGAUCUAGGUGUCUGAUUUGACUAAACUAUUCCCUUAAUUCGUAAAUGAUUUUUUGAACUACAUAGGACUAACUGUUAUAAAUUUCUUGCCUAAAUUAUCUAAAAUUCUUCUCCUUCCAUCUGAUAGUGAUGACAGUGCAAUUAAUUUAAUUCUUGGUAUGUCUUUGAUGAACUCACCAAAUGUAAGAUAAUCCAUUAAAGAUAAAUGGUCAAGCAAAAAUUACAAAGUUAAAGAAUAUUUUGAAAUUCUUAAGAAGUAUUCUUAUUAGCCAUUUGACAAAUCCAACUCCUCAAAUAGUUAGAUUGAUCCUAGAAAUUACUUUGCAUUCCACUCUUAUUUUGAAUAGUUGAAGUAAAGAAACACUACAUAAUUUGGUCUGUUUAAUACUUGGUUAAUUAAUCUAGAAGAAUAAGUUGAGGGUAUUGUUCAAAUGCCAUUUAAUGUUAACAUUUUAGAUCUAACUGUUAUUAACAACAUAAUCUACUCUCUAAAUAACAUUUUUAUUAAUUAUAACCAAACUGAAAUUGAAUAGAUUUUCGAUGAUAAACUGUAAAUGUUAUACCUUAAUUCUACUAACUUCCUUGCUAGUCAGAUUGAAUCUGGAGUGCUCAAUACUCAUAUAGACAUCUCAAAUCCAUACUACCCUUCAUAAUAUGUUUUUUAUAUGCUUGCUUCGAAAAACGCAUAACUCCUAAAUUCUAACUUAGAAAAGCUAAAUGGAAUUGCUAAAGAGGUUGCCUAGACUUACAACAAGGUUCUAAAAACAAAUGCAACUUAAUUCAUUUUGAAUUCAGCAAAAUUUAACUCAGAGAGAGAGUUAUAUUGGUAAGAUUUCCUAGGUAAUUACGCUAACAAAACAUAUGAUGAGGAUAAUACAUUUACAACUAUUAGCGCACUUUCUACUUUAGUCAAUAUAUGGACUGCUACUUAAUAAGACUAAAAUGGAAAUUUAAGACUAUAAUUUGAUCCUCAGACCCCUUAAAAUGUUAUAGAUACAAUCGAUUUAGGAAUGAAAACUGUUUCUAAGUAUGGAUUCUUUUCAAAAAGCAAUAUUAAUGCUUUUUAUAGUGUGACUUUAAAAACAUAUACAUCUCAAUUCUACUAUCCAAUGAAUGUUCACAAAUAUUUAAAUGGAACAUAAUUUGAUCCUCAUUUUGAUACUUAAGACAUAGUAUAAAACGUAGCUGGUGUUGAUGGAAUUAUAGACAAAGAAGAAUAUGAAUAAAUGCUCAAAUAGAAAUGGUACUAGCAUGAAACUCAAGAAAAAUUCACAGGAUUUAAUGUUCCUAGAUAAUAAUUUGCUUUUUGGAAUUCAGAAGCCUUAACUAUCAGCUAUGGCAUGAGCCUUUUGUCAAAAUAUAAUUCUAUUGAUCGUUCAAAUUUAACCACACCAAUUUGA